ACUAAAGGAUUGGCUACAAUCGAAAAGUUUCCAACACAUCCACUUUUUUCCCAUUCUAAUACAUCACCCAAGAAGUCUUCGCAAGUUACUUCACCACAGGAAAAGCCAUCAGUUUUAUCACCUUCAUCAUCAAGUAUGCAGCAGCCAUUACUAACUCAACCAAUUUUAUCACCAUCAUCAUAUUUCCAAACACAAGCACCAUUAGGUUUGCCAUCACAAAUACAAGUACCAUUCGUUUUACCGUCGCAACAAUUUCAGACACCAUUAUUUUUAUCACCACUACAACUACCAUCACAAGCACAAACGCAUAAUUGGUCUCAGUUACUUCAACCACAUCAGCCAUUAUUUGCGAAUCCGUAUAAUCCAUAUCAAACAUUAUCUUUACAGACUCAAACUUUUCAGCCUAAUUCAUAUGUCUCUCCUAUUAUACCUACCAUGGCAGAGUUUUUAAAGGAAAUAGACAAAAGGGAAGAAACGGGUCAUUAUUAUCAGGAUUUUUUAGGAAAUUUUGAAGCACAACGAAUUUCAGUUAAACAAUUACAAAGAUUGACUGAUGAAAGGCUUGAUCAAUGUGGGGUAAAUACUAUUGGAGCACGAGAAACUAUACGUGAAUAUGCUGAAAAAUAUAUAUCAAGGCUUUAA